CAAGCAUUUGAGACAACGGUCAGCGCUAGGAAAUGAUGAUGAAAUGUCUUAGAAGAGGAAAUUGAGAAGGCCUCAGCUGAGAAUACGUCUUGCCAUAUCGAUGGUGGUCAAUUAUGAUACUCGAUGAUGAGCGAAGUCUCUGUAUUUUAUCGGAGAGUACGUGUCACCGUUCGAUCUAGAGGUACAUAUAAAGCAUGACAUGGAGAACGCUUAAGAGGAUUUCCUCAUCCGAGUCUCAACCUUCAUCUCAGUAGCAAUCUCCAGAAAUCCCAAACACCUUUUUACUUCAAUCAACUCUCAACGCCCAUCAUGGUCUACUACGCUUUUCUCAAAUGGCAAACUUCCGAGCCCAAUUAUCGAUACCUUCUUGCAGCUCCUGAUGCUGAGACCAUCGAUGAGUGGUGGCGCGAGGCUUCUACCAAGGAUCCAGAGCAUGUCAAGCGUCUCGGCCCUGAUUUCUACUCUUGGGGCAGCGGCGCUCAGGCGUGGGAUCUGGCUCCUUCAUUCAUAAACAAGAUCAUAUACACUUUGCUGAAUGAUCGAGAUGGUCGUAUCAUUUCGAACUUCAAUCAACCUGCAAGAGUCAGCGUCGUCAGUGGUGAUUCCUACUACAUUCGGUCCAAGUCUAGCCCAGAGCUAUACUGGCUUGAAAAGGGUGGUUUGAUCUAUGCGACUAAGCAGGGCCGCACUCGCUUCACCAUCCGGCUGGACGGAGAGCGUGAUAGUGACAGAAACAGGACUGUCAUCAUUGGCAAGGACUACAUCUCCGUUGGUGCAGUUGGAGGCACUACUCAAAAGUAUGUCAGCGUCAAUGACAAUGGCGAGGUCGUCCUGAGUGGACAUGGUUGCCGCAUGUACUACAACGAUUUGAAGAACAUGUUUCUUGCACAGGGAGAGAUUGAUAACCUUGGAAAUGCCUCUCUCAUGAAGACGGAUGGCUUCGGCGAAGAGUGGGAGCUCGUCAAAUAGAAAUAAGCUAGAAACUGAUAGCUAGUUCUCUUCCAACAGCGCAACCAGCGCCGGAGAAACAAUCAACAUUUCAUUUGUAGUUUUGCC